UUUGAAAGCAGAGACCGGAAGUCGGUUUUCCUCGACAGGCCUGACUUUGACACUGAGGAUGCUGAUGAUGUUUUAUUUACACCAUCGUUAUGGCUAAUCUCCACUAGCUAGCUGGGCAGCUUUCGUGCGCUGCUCCUGGCAUAACAUAACGUCAAAAAUUCAAUAUUAGCCCGUCGCUGAAACAACAAGAGACGUCCAAAGAGACAGAAUCACCUUUUUUUUUGCCAACCAGUCGCGAUAAAGGUGAGGUGUGUCUGUAAGGUGUAACCUCGGAAGGCUAGUGACGUAGCUAACCUUAGCUUAUCAAGUUAUCGGUACCUUACGAGGAUCGCAGCGUAGCAGAAAUAUCCGUGAAGUCGCCUAAUAACAGCUACGCCGUUAGCAUCAUGAGAUCCGCUAACACCACCAACAACCAUGGUUAACGACGUAUAAAAAGCGCCAAGUGGGUUUUCACACGUCGGUUUGAAAAACAAGUCCAGCUCCGUGUGGUGGUGGUGGUGGUGUGUCGUCUUGGUGGGGAGACAUGAACACGUCGUUGGGCAGACACGGCUUGAUAGGUCUUGCUAUAGGAGCCACAGCUGGCCUGGGCUUGAUAGCGUUCAUCAUCUACAAAGAAGUAGCAGGAGGAGAGGCCAGAGGCCUGCUGCUGGAGGCCCGGCCGCGCUCGCUGCACGGCCCUGCGGACCGACCGGCGCUGCUGCUGGACACCCUUGAUGACCAAGAGGCGGAGGCCCAGCAGCAGGCGCUGGCAGCGGUGGAGGCCGUGGUGCAGGGUCUCUCUCCGGAGCAGCAGCUGGAGCUCAGGAACCAGCUGGACCAGGUGCUGAACUGCGUGGCCUCGCUGCGCUCUGAGGUGGCCGAGCUGAGGGGCGGCCUGCAGGACAUCGCCCUGCAGAUCAUCCAGGAUGUCAAAAAGGGUGUGGAAGACAGCCAGCGAGCUCGCCGGCGGCGCCACGUCAUGCACAGGGAGCGCACCGAUUCAAUGAGCUCUAGCUCUGUCUACUUCACUGCCAGCCAGGGAGCCAGCAGUCCGAAUGAUGGGGAGACCAGUGAGGGGGGGUACUCAACGGCUUACGCUGAAUCUGACUACACAGACCGUGAGACUGACAGGGAGGAGGGUGACCGGGAGCCUGAGCAGGAGUCUGAGGAGGAGGAGGAGGAAGAUAAGAGCUGUGCCACCGUCCUUACCCUGCGCCAAGAAGACUCCCAAGAAGAGGAGGUGGAUGAAGAAGACAGAGUGGAGGAAGAGGAGGAAGAGGAGCAGGAGGGGAUGACGAGGCUGGAGGUGGUGACUGAAGUUCCCAGCGGGGAGCUUGCCCUGCUGCUGGCUCAGACUGACAUCCUCCACACGGGCGAUGCCAGUUUGAAAGCAGAGGGCUUCCGUCUGCUGCUCGCCAACAAAGCACAGUAUGGAGACAGCAGGGAGUUUCUGUGGCGACUGGCACGGGCGUACCGCGAUAUGUAUGAGUCCACAAACGACAAGCAAGAAAAGAGGUCUUAUGCAGAACAGGGUCGCGAGGAGGCGGAGAUUGCCCUGAGGAAGAACGGCCUGAAUGCUGAAUGCCACAAAUGGUUUGCUGUGCUCACAGGGCUCGCGUCACAGUAUGAGAGCAUGCAUGGCAAACUGAAGAGCAGCCACAUACUGAAGGAGCAUUUAGACCGAGCAAUCGCCCUCAGAGAUGAUGACCCGCUGUGUUUUUACCUGCUGGGGCGAUGGUGCUAUGAGGUCGCCAACCUUGGCUGGCUGGAGAAGAAGGCAGCGGCUGCUCUGUACGAACAGCCACCUGCUUCCAGUCUCCAUGACGCUCUCGAGAACUUCCUCAAGGCGGAGGAACUCAGUCCAGGUUUUUCCAAGACCGUGAGACUUUACAUCGCCAAGUGUCACAAGGAGCUGGGAAACAUCUCUGAAGCGAGAAACUGGACUGCGCUGGCGCUGAAGAUGCCCACAACUGCUAAUGAUGAUGACACAACCUCUAACCUGGAGGUUCAGCUCAGGGUCUUAACUGACAAAGCAAAUGACCAGCUGUUUUCCACUGGGGACCAGUAGCUGGAGCUGGAGCCACUGGUUGGCUGGCUCAGCUGCCAGUCAGUGAUCGUCCAGUCAGAUGUGCUCCACAAUCAAGGCACACAAAGCUCCCCUCCCUUCAGUUUGUGGUCAUAAUGGAUAUUUUUCUGUCAUACUGUCACUGUGAAAUGAAAUGAAGUGUGAAAUGAAGUUUUUGAAGUAUAUUUAUUUAUUGCCAUCUCUAAUAUGGCUUAAUUGAGAUCAGUACCACUGAGAGAUACAUUUAUUGUUGACCUUAAUUUCUAACUAUUUAUUGUUUGCCUUUAAUUUCAAAUCAACAUUUUAACAUUCUACACCAGAUUUUGUUGUGCAGCACUGUCUCAUUAAUCCAGCAGGCAUUCCACAGAGCAGAGUUUUGAGUUUACCAGCUACUUUUUUUUUUUUUUUUUUUAACCAGCUACAACAUUUUCCAAAGUAAGGGGUUCCAACAUGGGGACCUGGUCCCAAGGACUACAAAGACUGUAUAGUGUGUGUGUGUGUGUGUUUGUGUAUGAUAUGGGGUCAGGGAGCCUUUAAAUGUGACAUAGAAGUAAGAUAUUUGCAAGAGACAGACAACUCAGGAUAAAAUGAGAGGUGUAUUUUUUCUAAGUAGGAAAGUAAAUGAUCUUAAAUGUUCAUUUCACUGACAGUGGUGGAAAUGACAAGCAGCUUAGGCUUUUAAUGGAGUCGGAUGUGGGUAGAGUUCCACAACAUGUCCAAAAAGUAUGGGAAAUUGUUUUUAUAAUUUCUAGGUCUGGAAAGAGUUUAGAAAAAUGAUUACCCCAAGUUUGGAAAAAGUCUGGAAGUUAUGGGCCGCAUAUGAAAUUGCAUAACCCUGACAGACUGCAUGUAGGUCAGACAGAGAUGUAUUUGUAGUCAAAGAUGUGAAAUGAUGAGAUGAACCUGGAGUGAAUCAGGAGUAAUUUAGAAUAUUGAAGGAUAAUUCAGGACAUGUUGCACCAGACUCAUCAAAUGAGGCUUUUGAACAGUUGCUCUGAUUGUGCAGCCUUCCCUGUUUCAAUACUGAACUUAACUAUGACGGGUCCAUUGCUGUUGCUCUUGACCAAUGUAUCCCGUCUCAGUACAUUAUUCAGCAGAUGAUUCUCCCAUAACUGUAGAUGUAGUGAUUCACAGUAGCACCUUGUGUUUUGGUUGAUUAAAAUACCAGUCUUAAAGUUGAUUUGUCUUUUUUGCAAAUUAGCUAUUCAUUUUUCAAAUGGUUUGCGUAGUUCAAGGCACAAAUUAGCCUCCAGCCAUGUGAUACAUUGACAAAAUGCAUGGUGUUACUCUUUGCAGUUUUACCCUUAAAAAACAAAACAAAAAACAAAUCACCCUAAUAUCCCUCUACCUUGUUCCUUUGAGUGUGUUUGCUGCCUUUGAUCUUCUUCAGAAACUGUUUACAUUCCUUUCUAAUCUUUUCAUUAAAGGGAAGAUGCAGUAUGGGAGACAAUACUAUGUUUAACACUUCUUUGAUGGCACUUUGGUUUUGUAUACUGUUCAUUUUUAAGUCUUUGCUUUGAGAUUAUAGUAGGUUCUUUUUACAGCCUUUAAGUGGAAGUUGUAUUCAGUGUUGUGAGAGACAUCUGUCAUUUCCUAAAUGUACAGAUCCCAUGUGGAAUAAAAAGAAAAAAACACUUACUAUGUUGAUUGCAUUCAAUAAAAUCCCUUUUUCUAUUCAUGAA